AUGCCUAAUGUUACAAAUUACCACUUAUCAUACUCUCUAGUCAUACCUACCGACAUUGUCUUACUUGACCGGGAUUCGGGAAUGCUUAAACUCAAUACUGAACUAGAUCGAGAGAAAAAUGAAUGGCACUACUUUGCCGUUCAAGUGACGGACGGGAAAACUCCAGAGAGAACUGCUUUUGCAAUGGUCAACAUUCACGUAACUGACGUCAAUGAUAAUUCGCCACAAUUCCAGAAACUAUCACACGUCAUUUAUGUAAUGGAGGACACCUAUGCCAUGUCAGACAUUGGAACUUUUAAUGCAACUGACAAGGACGCCGGAAACAAUGCUACAAUACAAUACAGUCUAUAUAACUAUACAGGUCACGUUUUUAGUAUAAAUAGCUCGACGGGUCAUCUUACGAUUAACGGGACACUUGAUCGUGAGGAAAACUCAUACGUCGACCUGAUUGUGCAGGCUGAAGACGAAGGGACACCACCUCUCAGCGCUACGGCCUUCGUUAGAGUGGAGAUACAGGAUGCCAACGACCACUCGCCACAAUUCCAACGGAACAAUUACAUGUGUUCUGUGGAAGAGAACGCGCCUUACCUUCAGAUCUGUAACGUAACAGCAACGGAUGACGACAUGGGUGAUAACGGAACGAUUGUAUACAGUAUACAAGAUAGCAACAUUCCCUUCUACAUCGAUCCUAUCGACGGCCCGACUAAUACCUUCUGCAUUGGUAAUAACACUGGUGAGAUAUCUCUAUGUAAGUCGAUGGUGGACUCUCAGAAGCCCACAUACGUGCUGACGGUGAAGGCAGAGGACGCCAAUUUGACAGACACGGCAGUAGUCGUCAUUCAGAUGAGGAAUGAACCUGCCAGCUUCAGCCAAAAUAUAUUUAGCGCCGAUAUAAUGGAAAACGGUCCUGGUGGGAUGUUCUUAGAUCUAAAUACUACUGAGGAGUUGUCUGGAAUUCCAGUCCACUAUACCCUUAUCUCAGUUCAACCACCAGAGACGGCAUUUAAUGUGAAUGAAAUGACAGGAGAAGUUUACUGUUCUGAAAGUCUUGACAGAGAACGGGAGAACACCUACACUCUACACGUGUCUGCAGAGGUCAUACGCAGUGGUCAGAGAUCAAAACGAUCAAUCGAUGACUCCCUUGGUCAGGUCGAAGUAAUUGUCAACGUUGGGGACGUGAAUGACAACCCUCCCCGCUUCCCUACAGAUACUAAGACUGUGUACAGAGUACCAAAAAGUCUGCAACUAGCAGCGAAAGUGGCAGAACUACAGGCCAUUGACCCUGACGAAAACAGCACUAUUUCUUACCGUCUUGAAAAUAACUCCAAACUUCCAUUCUUCCUGGACGGCAACGCAAGGUUACGCUUGAAAAGCACAUUGGAGUCAGACUCGUACCAUCUAACUGUGUCAGUGACUGAUGAGGACGGUCUCUUUUCAGACAUUAACAUCACGAUUAUAACAAUACCUGAUGAGGACAGACUUACCUAUGUGAUUCCGAUGAGCACUCAAGAAUUUGAAAAAACGGAAAAGGCGCUGAUUGCGUAA